CUGAGAUUAAUGCACUGGUUCUUAUUUCAGUUCUUUGUGUCGGUCUGUAUGUAAUACGAUGUUUAGUAAUUACUGACAUUUAUUCGACAACGUUUACGAAUACAUUUUCCUAAAAAUAAUGUUUCUAUCAAACUUUGUUUAGGGACCGGAGUUUCGCACGUUAACGUUUGAUACACCGAUGAGCGAUCUCAACCGCCCAGUGAGAAUCGAACCGCGUUGAGGAGAGAACGUGUCUUAUAAAUAACUCAAUCGCGCGUUUUGCACUCUACGUAUUCAUCAAAACAUAAAAUCAAACAACUGGUUUAAAAUAAAUCUCGUAAAUUGUCAUAAAUAUACUGUAAGUGGGACGAUAUUUUUUCUCGGAUUCGUGAUAAAAAAAUUAAUAACGAUAAGUUAUUUUUCAUGGAGAAUUAAAAUAAUGGUAUAAAUAUAUUAUAUAAUAUAUAUAUAUAUAUAUACAUAUUUUCUAGUUUUGUUUUAAUUUUUAUUUUAUAUUUUAAAAUGAUGAUGGCUAGUGCGAAAUUGAUUAGAGACUGUAGCUCGGAGCUAAGUUCCGAUGUACGGUCUCUUUCGGUGGCAUCUUCCACGGAAGAACAGGAGUCCACCACCACGGACACUGAAUAUUCUGAAGAAGAGAAAGAAUAUGAAUUAGAAGAUCUUCAAAUCUUAAAAACUAUCGGGACCGGAACUUUUGGGCGUGUAUGUCUCUGUCGGGAUAAAGCCGCGGACGAAUAUUUGGCUAUGAAGAUUUUGUCCAUGGCAGAUGUUAUCCGUUUGAAACAAGUGGACCAUGUCAUGAACGAGAAGAGCAUUUUGGCAGAAAUCAAUCAUCCUUUCAUAGUUAAUUUACGAUGGUGGACUCACGAUGACUCCUGCCUCUACAUGCUGUUCGACUACGUGUGUGGCGGAGAACUAUUCUCUUAUUUGAGAAACGCAGGGCGUUUCAGCAAUAGUAUCGGCAAUUUCUAUGCAGCGGAAAUUGUAUCUGCAUUGGAAUAUCUUCAUGCUAGGAAUAUUGUAUACCGUGACUUAAAGCCAGAGAAUCUUUUGCUCGCAAAGGAUGGUCACUUGAAGAUCACGGAUUUUGGUUUUGCGAAAAAAUUGACAGAUCGAACGUGGACGCUUUGCGGUACACCAGAGUAUCUUGCACCUGAAAUUAUACAGAGCAAAGGUCACAACAAGGCUGUCGAUUGGUGGGCUUUAGGAGUACUCGUGUAUGAAAUGCUCGUGGGUUAUCCCCCUUUCUACGACGACAAUCCUUUUGGAAUUUAUGAGAAAAUUCUUAACGGUCGCGUGGAUUGGCCGCGACAUCUCGAUCCCGUCGCUAAGGACAUAAUCAAAAAACUAUUGGUACAGGACAGAACUAAGAGACUUGGCAACAUGAAGUGUGGUUCGGAAGACGUGAAACGGCACAGAUGGUUCAAACAUAUCGAUUGGGCUGAUGUAUACAUGAAGAAAUUACAGCCUCCGAUCAUGCCCUCUGUGUCUUACGAAGGGGACACAUCAAACUUCGACGAGUACCCCGAAACAGAUUGGAAAGCCGUGCGGUCGCUCGAUCCUGACGAAUUGAAAUUAUUCGCUAACUUUUGAUGUACACUAGAAUAAGACGUAUACUAGAUAAAUAACGAGUUAGUAAAUGUUUGAACAAACAUUUUUAGUGAAUCCUAAUAAUAAUAAAUAAAAUCGAUUUAUAAGUAUCGAUAAGGAAAAAUAACAAGAAAACAUGGAUUCGAGUAACGCUGGUAUAAUUCCAUUGGUAUUAACGUAUCAGAUGAAUACCAUUUAUUACAUUUUACUGCGUGUUACAAAUUUUGUAAAAUAGAUUACUGUUAAAAAUAUUUAAUUAAAAACGAAUAGCAUCUGAA